UCUACAAUUAAUCUUCUCUCUUAUACUGUCGAGCCCUUUAGUUUUGCAGCUUUCCACCCUAAAAUGGCCGCCGUAUUGGACAUUGAGAAAGAACUUGUUCAACAAUCAGAAAGAGUCAAAUCUGUGGAUCUACAUCCUAAGGAACCAUGGAUUCUAGCAAGUUUGUAUUCAGGAACUGUGUGUAUCUGGAACUACCACUCUCAGGAACUUGUAAAAUCUUUCAAGGUCGCGGAAUCACCAGUUCGAUCAGCAAAAUUUAUAGCAUGCAAGCAAUGGGUUGUUACUGGGGCUGAUGACAAGUUUAUCCGCGUCUUCAACUACAAUACAAUGGAGAAGAUUGCAGAAUUUGAGGCUCAUACUGAUUUCAUUAGGAGUGUUGCAGUCCAUCCUACCCUUCCAUGUGUGCUGUCAGCUUCUGAUGACAUGCUCAUAAAGCUUUGGGAUUGGGAGAAGGGCUGGGAGUGCACUCAAACGUUCCAGGGACAUGCCCACUAUGUGAUGCAAGUGGCAUUUAGUCCCAAAGACGUAAACACUUUCGCAAGUGCAUCUCUUGAUGGCACCAUAAAGGUUUGGAAUCUCAGCUCUCCUGCUCCAGACUUUACACUGGAUGGGCAUUCAAAAGGAGUGAAUUGUAUUGAUUACUUCAUGAGAGGCUCUAAACCAUAUCUGAUCUCGGGUUCGGAUGACCACACUGCUAAGGUGUGGGAUUAUGAAGCCAAAAGCUGUGUACAAACACUGGAAGGCCACACAAAUAAUGUUUCUGCAGUGUGUGUUCACCCUGAACUUCCCCUCAUCAUUACAGGUUCUGAGGAUGGGAACGUUCACAUAUGGGAUCGAGCUACUUACAGGCUUGAGAACACCCAGAGCUAUGGUCUUGAAAGAGUUUGGGCUUUUGGGUGCACGAAAGAAUCAAACAGGGUUGUGAUUGGCUAUGACAAAGGAACCAUUAUGAUAAAAGUUCUCAGUUCUCACAGUGGGGGUUCCAUGGGCAUACGGGUUGAGGAGGAAGAGAAGAAGGAAUGUUGAUUUGUACAACUAAUUGUAUUACCAUUAUGAACCAUGGUGUGUCCUGAUUGAAUAACUCUUCUCUUUGAGUAGAAGAUAGACUGGAAAGAAUAAAGUCAUAAUAUUAAGCAAUUUCCAGUAAAAGCAGCUUCUGUCAAUGGUUGAUGAAAAUAUUUGUUGCAGCCUAAUUUAUAUCUCCCUUUUUCAAGAUCCCUAUGUCUUUGGGGGAGUGCUUAAAGGCAACUCGAAGGAAUAAGCUAUAGAAUCAUUCUAAUGCUCUA